AAGCAGAGAAAAUCACGAGAACGACGGAACGCGACCACUGACAAGAUGGCAAGCGAUCCAAAAUACGCUCAGUUACCUGGCAUUGCAAGAGAUCAGCCAGAUGUCUAUGAAAGUGGCGACCUACCUGAGUCCGAUCAGUCUAAAACACCAGAGGAACUUGACAGCGAAAGUGUCGAAAAGAUCCCCAUCAAUGUUGGCGAAUCAUUCACAAAAUUCAAAGGCAAGCAGCUGGAUUCCUCAGGUCUCGACUUCUCCGACAAAAUCUCGAGAUCUCGUCGGACAGGAUACGUGGUCCAGUCCGAGUACGAGAUUGUUGGUGAGAGGGAGGCGGAGACACCACUCCAGAAAUAUCAGAGGAUCCAGCAUGAGAUCAGGGAGCUGGCAGACGAAGUCAACAAACUAAAGGAUGGUAUGAAAGACACUUCCAAGGAUGAAAUCUCUCCCGUCCAGCUUGCCCAGCAGACGGAGUUCCUUCAUCACCAGUUGGCUGAUCUGCAUCUGGAGAGCAUCCUGGGUUCUGAAGCCAAGGUUGACCUUGCUGACCCACAAGGGGCGCUACAAAAGAGACUUCUCAACCAGAUUGAGAUGUUCAAGCAGAUGUCAAUGCGAGCGAAAAGUCCUGGUAAAGGCAAGUCUCCCGAGAGACCAGCUGGUGGUGAUCAGAUCACUUAUGAACUUUUCUACAAACCUGAGCAGGCAAAGUUUGCCAACACUGCAAGGAUGGCAGAUUUAGAGCAGAGACUUGAACGCCUGGAGGCAGUCAUUGGACAGAAUCCUGAGAAACUAUCAUCACUAACGAAGGAUGCUGCCAACAAGAGUUUAGUGGGUGCUGUCGUUAGCCUUACUGCCAAGACGAGCUUAUUCGACCCUGAUCAGUUGGAUCAGAUCGAAGGUCGGAUGGUUGGCUUGUUACAGAAACUCAACUCCAUUGCCGAGAAGAAGGAUGUGGUGGAGGACUGUGAUAAACAGACUAAGAUCACUGCCCUGUAUGAUGUUGUAAAGAAAUGGGAGAGUAUAGCUGGAUCUGUACCUCAUAUCCUAGACAGAUUAGUCGCACUCAAGGAACUCCAUGAACAGGCCCUGCAGUUUAGCCAGGCCUUGACACAUCUUGACACUUCACAGCAACAGAUUGACACCAGCCUCAAGAGUCAUGGCGACAUGUUGAAACAGCUGCAGAGCAACUUCCAGGAGAAUAUGACCACAAUCCAAGGGAAUUGUUCAAGUCUCGAUCAGCGGCUGAAGGUCGUCAAGAAAUAAACAUCCUGGCCACAAACUUAAUAUAAAAGACUUUCACAACAACUGGGACUGGACCUUUCAAACAUGCUGCUUAUAGUGGUGCAUUUAACUUUGACUGUAAUAGAUGAUAUUCCUCCGUAGGAGUGCAGCACCUGAUAAGGUUGAGCAACUUUAUGUGCAUGAUGUUGUGCACCCGCAUUCAGAACCUCUGACGAAUGGAACUGCCACCUCUGCUUGUAGUUUUGACCUAGUCACUUUACUCUAGAUGUAGUCACAACAAGUGUGUGACGUUGCUUUGGCAGCGUGUUGUACCCAGAGGCCGUUACCUUGACUACUUCUGGUGUUGUUUCCAUUGUCUCUAUAGCAAGUUCCCUGGUACAAACAGUGGGAACGUCCAGUAGGCCCAAAAGGGUUUAUUUUGUGUGUGGCGUCAAAAGGUCACAAGAGAACAAGGAAAAACUCCACAAGUGAACAGUCUAUGGGAGCAGCCUCAAUUCAUUUGGAGGUCACAGUGACGUAUAUGCCUUUCUCUUUGGUUUAUGGGCUACAGUUUGAAGGGUAAUGUACAUCAUGUACAUUUUGUACAUGCUUAUUUAUUUAUAUGGAUAAUAAUAUGUGACAUUUACUUAUGAUAAUCCAUGUCUGAUAUAUAUUAUCAAUUUGAGAAUAUUGAGGUAUGUUUAGAAAUGGAAUAUUGAUGUACUUUUAAUCAUGACUAUGUAAUAAAAUGGGUAUAUUAAUGGUUUCUGCAUGUAAGGAUAUAAGCAUAAAUCAUGCACACAAACAUGACAGACUUCUGUAUUCUCCUUGGGCAAUAUAUGGCUCAGACACCCUGAGAAUUCAGAAGAUAUGCCAUCAUGUUUCCAGGUGGUGUCAUGAUGUUAUUCACUGAUAUUUGAAGAUGUUUUGAAUGAUGUGAUAUUUGCUGAUGAUGAACAGUGGUGCUCUGUUGACCAUGGCAAUGUUCCAUGUGUGAAAUACCAAAAGAAGUGAAAGGAUGAUGACAUUAUGUGUGACGGUCUGGUGCCCAUGGCCACGGUCCUGUAACAUGGGGUUAUUUUGUAUUGGAAUAUUGACCUUGCAAGCAGAGAUCUUGUUGUUAGUAUCAUUGAUGGGUUUCCCUACCCUUUGCUUAAUGUAUGCACUUUGAUAAUACCUUGGAAAAUGGAUGUAUGAAAAUUUAUUUCUUUGCUUCA